GCAAGCAUUAUUCGUUUUGAUUCGGCUUUCCUCGAACGAAGUGUAUACCACGUUUUGUGUUUAUAAAACAAAGUUUUCAAUAGUUCAAAAACACUAGAUAGCUCAUAAAAUGCCAGCCAAUACCAUUGAAUCUUGCCUUCAGGGUGCUAGAUAUAAUUUUGAUGCUGUUCGACCUGCUCCGAUUUGCGGUGACGCCAACCAACCAGGUCAAUGCCACAAUGUACACAUAUCCACAAAUUUUUACUAUGGAUUUCAUGAAGUAAAAACGUCGGGUAUCAACCACAUGGCAACAGAUUGUGAGAUGCAGGAAGUCCCAAUUGAAAAGAACGUGAACACCCUUGUAACCACAGCUAGAAAAAGAAGUGCUGAUAACAGCGGCUAUCCACAGAGCAAGCGUUUUCGAGAAGAGGUUAUGGUGCCAACAACCACCAACUCCAACCCCUGUUUGCUUCGUCCAACACACAACAAUCCAGAUAUAUCUCGUUGUCUCAUGGUCCAUAUGAUAUAAUAUCUUUGGUUUAAUGAAGCAAGUGCAAACGAAAACAAUAAUUAGAUAUCUCCAUUUUAUCUGCAGAAGUUCAAAGAAAGAAAAACAUUGGACCUGAGACACACGAGACUGCAAAAUUAAAACCAAGUUCAGAAGAUAUAUUGGAAAGUCUUUUCUGGAACAUACAUGGCGGACAUUUUUAUA